UCAGUGAACGUGAAACAAGUAGAUUAGCGGUUAAAUUCCUCGAGCUCGAAAGAUGAGGCAAUGGCGUGAAACUUUUAUUUCUUUUCAAGCGUCUCCUUCUGCAAAAAGGGAGGGAACGAUUGGUCAUGCUGAUACUUCCUCCUCGUCCUCCUCCUCCUUCCUUCGCCUCUAAGUACCCUGCCAUUACAUCCACGUAGAUAAGACUUUAAUCGACUGUGCCAAGACCAAGAAAAGUGACUCUUUCUCAUGCUUUGGAAAGAGUAUUUCUAAAACCCAACGUGCCAUCCACUUCCUCUCUAUAAAGGCAGGAGUGAGAGCAGGGUUUUGAACCCUCCUAGCCCUCCUGGUACUACUUAACUGGUUCUUCGGUCUGGAUUGGAAUUGGAGUUAGAAGUCCAAGAGAAUUUAGAGAACAUGGAGGAGGGAAAAGCAGGGGGAGGAGGAGCAGCUGAGAAGAUGAAGAGAAGCGCAUCAGAGUUGGCGCUGGACGAGUUGCUGCAGAUCAUGAUGAUCGGCCCCCAGGACCAUCCUCCUCUUCAUGACUAUUGUUAUGACAGUCCUCAUUCUACUAUUACAAGCAUCACAGAUGCUCCUCCUCUCUCACUUCACAAUUGGGAGAUCAGCGGUCCUGGUAGUGAUCAUCAACAUGACAUGGCCCCGACAACCUCUCCCUGGUAUCACAGUUUUACCAAGCACUCCCCUCCUGAUUCUAACUCGUCCAUUUUCGUUGGAAGAAGUACAUCAUCGGCUAAUAAGCCUAAAUAUAGAGAUAUCCAAGCAAGAGAAGCCACAAGUGGUUCAUCCCGCCAACACUCGGAUGAAGAUGAUGCUGCGACGGAGGCAGAUCCAUUCGAACGGACCGCAGAUGCUAUUGAUCUCAAGCGCAUUAGAAGGAUGGCUUCCAACAGGGAAUCUGCUAAAAAAUCGCGUAAAAGGAAACAAGCACACCUAGCUGAUCUUGAAAUACGGGUUGAGCAACUUAGAGGAGACAAUUCUUCUUUGUUUAAGCAACUAUCAGAUGCUGUGCAGCACUACCGCCAUGCUUCUACAAAUAACCGAGUGCUGAAAUCUGAUGUGGAAGCAUUAAGAGCUAAGGUGAAGCUGGCUGAAGAUAUGGUGGCUCGAGGCUCUUUUCCUUCUAGCUUGAAUCAUAUUUUGCAAACUUUGGAUCCCCAACGUUCAAUUAGUACUCGUGAUCUUAGUGCUGUGGCAAAUGUUUCUCCUACAAUCACUGUCCAAGGGGAUAAUGACUCUUCAACUGGGUUGAUAGUUCCCAUGCCAAAUUCUUGCCUAGGAGUUGAAAACAGCAAUCCUAAUAAUAGCAACUUCACAAAUGGAGUCAUCCAUGAUUCUGUAAGCUGUGUGUCUGGGAUUUGGUCCUAAAAUUCUCACGCUCUGUUCUGUUUGAAUUAGGUAAGUCUUUUAUCCUGCCAGUCCUGAUAGUCCUCUCAAAAGAUUUGUCUUGGGUGGUUUCUUCUUGUACUCAGGCUGUCCCUUAAGUUUAAAACAAGCUCCAGGGCAGACUUGAGAUGUCAGAAGACUGAAGGACAAGUUGGCAUUUUUUCUGUCUGUUGUAUCAAUUAAGUGAUGUAUUGCGACUAUAUGUUUUUAAAAAGCUCCAACUCAUGUGAUGUUAAACUGUUGUCUUUUUUGAACAUUUGUAGUUUCUUUUCGCAUUGAUGUUACAAAGUAGUUCUAUUUCCAGGGCUAGACUCUGUAAUAGACUUUUCAUGCAUUAGCAGCUUAAUCUUAGCUGGAAACUGUCUCCAA